AUGAAGGAAGAUGAAAUCAACUUCUUGGCAAGAAGAUUCACAAAAGUUUUUAGAAGGAACAAAAGAUUCAAAGGUUCAAACUUCCAAAGGUUCAAACCAAGAAAUGAAGAUGAGAAGGGCAAAUCGGACAUCAUUUGCCAUGAAUGUAAGAAGCCGAGCCAUAUUCAUCAAGAUUGUCCUCAAGCCAAAUGGAAGAAGAAGGACAACUUCUACAAGAAAAAGGUUCUUGCAAUCACAUGGAGUGGAAGUGAUGACUCAAGUGAUGAAGAUGAGUCAGAUGAAGAGCAAGUCAACCUUUGUUUCAUGGCCAACGAAUGUAAUUCGGAAGGAGACUCCAAAUUUGAGGUGUGUAUUGAAGCAAAGAAGCAAGAAACAAAUGAGUGGUAUCUUGAUAGUGGAUGCUUAAGACAUAUGACGGGAGAUAAGAGCUUGUUCACCUCAUUGAAGCUAAAGAAUGGAUGA